AUGGCCACUGACUCGUCGCGGGAGCUGCUGGGGGAGACGAUGGAUGGUACAGGAGCAUUGCACACACGCAGUCUCGAGCAUUCUUCACUUCAAUCUUCUUGUCGUUCUUCCGCGUGUGCAGAGUUCCUGGUGGUCGUGCAGGAGAAAAAAGCGCUCGAGAAGCUCAGAGGCCACCAGCGGCUCAAGGUAGAGAGAUGCUUGCUUGACGGAAGGGAGGGGCUGUACGUGUCAUCUUGUCUGCCUGCCUGUCUGUCUGUCUGUCUGUCCUCAGCACUGGAUCAGCAAGAAGGGCCGCUUCCGCGUGUUGGUGCGGGACAUCCGUGGUGUGAUGCGGGAGGGCGACCAGCCCAUCAACAUGGCCCUCAUGGAGAGCAUCGCAGAGUCCAUUAACGCCAGAGCCGUCGCAUACCGCAAAGACAUGGACAAACACUGGUCCCCCACUGAGAGAGAGAGGAGGGAACAAAGCACCACACAGGUGUUUUAGACCGUCUCUCUCUUUCUGUGUGGCUGUGUCAGGGCUGUGUUCGUGCGGCAGCAGCAGGGUGGGGAUGGUGUUGCUGUUGAUGAUGUCGAUGUCCGUGCGGACGCCUCGACGGAGACGGCGAUGGUGCAUUCCAGCGAGGCUGCGACCGAGCCGAUGGAGUGGAUGUGGAGCGAGAACCACACACAGACGGGCGGUGCCGGUGAGGAGGAGGACUCGACGAGGGUCAGCAGCGAUCUGAAUGAGACACUUGAGAUGAUGCAGCACACCGUUGACGCCGCGCGGUGAGUAGGGGAGGGAGGGAGGGAGGGAGGCAAGACAUAGCUGAUCAUGUGCGUGUGCGUGUGUGCAGCAACGUGACGGCCCAGAAGCACCACAUGACCGUUGCCGAGUUCGAGGGCACCGCCAUCGAAGCCAUCAAGGUGAGAGAGGGGAACGGAUGACAGCAGCCAGCCACACACAGGAGUGUAUGCAAACACCAUCCAACCAGUGUUCCUCUCUCUGUGUGGGGCUAGGAGCUGUCUGCUGAGAAGGGUUGGGACGUGCCUCUGGUCGACCAAAUGCCGCCCCUGCAGCCAUCGGUAGGUAGAGAGAGAGGAGAGAUCUGUCGGCCGCACAGACAGACAGACAGACAGAGCAGUAGAAGUGACUUCAUUCACUGUCUGUGAACAGGGUGAGGUGAGCCAGGUUGUGCUGGACAAGUUGAAGGCCCUACAGACAGAGGUACGUGUGUGUGCAGUGCAGUGCAGUGCAGUGCAGGUGUCAUGGCAACCAGCCAGCCGCGGUACCCAUCUGACUGACCUGCCUGUGCCGUGUGUGCCAUGAACGCAACGCCUGCAGGAUGGUGACUGGGCGUCGGAGCUUGGCGUCGCCGAGUGGAUCGACAAACUCACGAGCAUCGCUCAACUGCUCACCUCGCGUACGCACAGACAGACAGACAGACGUACGUCGGAUGGCGUGCAUUUGAUGCAUACUAUUUGGAUCUGUCAGAUCCGCUGGAUAAGGAGGGCGAGUACCUCAACUCGACCGUCGACAAGAUAGUCGAGUUCGUCACACACGCACACGUCACACAACGUACGUACGGCGCAUGAUAAGAGACGUGCAUGCGGACACUACAUGGAUCGAUGUGUGACGGUCGUCAAUCUCUCUCUCUCUCUCUGUCUGUGUGUGUGUGUGUGUGUGUGGUCCGUCCGUCAGCCUCUAUGGUGUUGAAGGACCACCGUGUGCAGCUGCAGGCGUCCGCCGACAAGAUUCGCGACAUCUCCACCGCCAUCAGAGAGUGAGUGAGGGAGGGAGGGGAAGAGCACACCCACAGAGACACACAAGGGUCCCAUGCAUCUCCCUGUCUCGUGUGUCUUUUGCGUGUGUGCGCAGUGAGACGAGUCCGGUGAAGCGUCACCUCAAGUCGAAGCAGCGCAUCGAUGCCGUCAUAGAGUACCUCACGCUCGUCAAGGACAAGGUGGCUGCGCGCCCUGCCUGUCACACACACAUCCAUCCGUCCAUCCAUCCAUCUCACCGUCUCUGUGUGGUGGGUGCAGGGGUCGGCCAUCCGCGAGUGUCUCAAGAAGACAGGGUCGAUCGACGCCUUCGACGAGGCGCAGGCACAGAUACUCACCGACAGCAAGGUGAGCGAGGGCUCAGGGGCAGACAGACAUGCACGGAGACGUAUCUCUGUGUGUGUGUGCGUGUGUGUGUGCAUGCGCUUGUCUAUUGAUUGUGUGUGUGGUGUAGGGUCUGAUUGAGAGUGGCCGUGAGUCGUGUGAGUGGUGGAAGAAGACCCUCUACCAGUUUGACAAACGCGCACAGGACAUGAUCGGUGUGGUUCGGAAGCACUCACGCGCACCGCACACACUCACUCACGGACACACAGAGCUCUGUCGUGUGUUGCUGUCUGUCAGACUACCAGCAUGGCCUCAAGACAUCUGUCGAGGAAGCCCGUGCCUACGAGAAGGAGUGCGUGAGACCCUCACCAACACACACACAGAUGUGCGCCACUUGUCCGUCCACCAUGCCUAUGUGUAUGUUGUGUGGUGUCACACAGGUUGGUGGAGGCCAACACGGCCAAGCGCGCGGCCAUCAAGGAGCAGAUGGCGGACCUCUGCAAACAACUCAUCGAAGUAGAGGUACAUAAGACACCUAGACAGAUACCGCCGUCACAACACGCAUACACAGACACAGACGCAUAUAUAUGUGUGUGAUGGCGGGCAAUCAUUGAUCAGCAAUCUGAGGCCUUUGCCAAGCAGCAGCGUCUGCAGGCCGAGGCCGCCGUGGCCACGGCAGACAAACCGCUCAAGAAGAUACUCAACACUGUCGAGGUAUGUGUGGCUGCCUCUGCCAGCCUGGUACUGUAUGUGUGAAUUCCUGUGUCCAUGACAUGACAGGUGUGGCGUGAGGAGCACGAGCGGCGCUGCGAGAGAUGGGAGAAGGGCGUCCACGCUGCGGUACACACACACACACACACACACAGAGAGCGAGAGAGAAAUCACCGGCGUAUGGCCACCUGACUCUCUGCACUGCUGCUGGUUCAUUCAUUCAUCAUUCAUGCAGGUUGAGAUCGACUCGUGGGUGCAGAUGGUGUUGGGGUCCGUACACGGCCGUGUGGACAAGGCCGUCAACGACCUGUCGGCGGGUACGUUACUUAGGAAACAAGAGAAGAGACAGAAAUCCGUCACACACACGACUCACACACGAGGGACGGGCGUGCCGCUGUGUGCAUGCAUCGGUCGGUCAGCUUUGCCUGUGGACCGUGCUCGUGUGGAGGCCCUGGUCGACCGCCAGAAGACCCAAAUGGACACCGCUAUCGCCAAGAAACAGCAGCUGGUGCGGAUGAAUAGCAGCACGCUUCUCACAAGCACAAACACAAACACACACUCUCUCUGUCUCUGUCUUCCUCUCUGCUAACACAGGCGUCCAACAACUACCAGAUGAUGAUGGAUUUGCGCGACGAGUGGACCAAAUACGAGGGCGACGCCUAUUACCAGGAGAGAGUCCAAAACGCAAUCGCCGCCAAAACCGAGGCAUACGAACGGGUAGGCACACACACACACACAUCCAUACGCCAUACGCCAUCUCAUUUUCCAUCCGUCCGCGCUCUGUCUGUCAGCUGUUGAAUGAGAUCAGUGUGCUGGAGAGCGACAAGGGCCGCAUCGACUGUGCGUAUGGCGAAUACCUGUCGUGCCUCAGUGGGGCCGUGGGCGGCGGGGAGGACCUCAGCACCAGCAUCGAGAUCGUUGACGUCAAGGAUGACGCUGAGCAGUGGGCAGAGCAGCACUUCAUGGCCUUCAAGUAAGGCCUUGAGAGGGACAGAGGCCGACGAUCUGUGUCAAUGUCAAUGAUUGCAAUGCAGGCCGCUGGAGGUGUCAUUGCCGCCGCCCCCUCCCUCCUUCUCGGCGUCAUCGGCUGUGGCGUCCUCAUUCGGACACUCAUUCAACUCAUACAUCAACCUCAAGGCAGCCAACCACACACAAUUCCCCUCCCUCCACACCCCCCCCCCCCCCCCCCCCACACACAGACCCAUCUGUGUGUCCUCGUGUCUGUCAGGUCCCUGGUGCUGUGGAGGGCAUCGACGAGUGUUCGAGCGAGGACCUGAGUGUGGCCGAGAGCGAGAUCCCACUCCCCGCCGCCACACACACACACACUCAGAAGCACAGCCGUGGCAAUGGCAUCCCCAUCGACUGGCUGGGCUCGGCUGUCAUGGUGCCGUCGCCAUCCUCUGCUAUGGCCGCUGCUGCUGCUGCUGCUGGUGCUGGUUCUGCUGAUGGUGCACACAAGGAGGGGGAGGGGGAGGUGGAGGGAGAGGAACACGAGGAGAUUGACACGGACAUGGACACCAAGGACCUGGAAAUGGGCAUCAAGGAGGCUGGCGGCGAGGAGGGCUUCCAGGUCAGAAGAGGGAGUCUCGUGUGCACAGUAAGUACAUGUUGGUUGUUUCGUUGUUGUAUGUGCCUGCAGAUGUGUGAGCCCACUGAGAGUAUGCUGGUGCUCCGGGAGGGACUUAACUACUCAAACGCACCCCAAUCGGUCGGUACACAACCCUCCCUCACUCCCUCCCUCCCUCCCCACCUCACCACCUCAACCCUCACUGUGGUCAUAUCUGCCUCCCUCCCUAUGUCCAGACUCGUUCCGAGUCGGAGGUGCAUGUGUGUGCGGCCGCGGCCCUCCAUGACGAUGAGGACACCGUGCUCGUCAACCAGGAGGCCAAGGAGGCCAUAGAGGAGACUGCUGUGGAUGAGGCCACCGACAUGCCGCAGGAGCCCCUCCUCACGGAGUCGUUCGCUGCAUAG